CUACUCAAUGGAAAAAAGUAUGCAAAUGUGCGCGUGCGUGAGUGUGUACGUUAGAUUGUCGGGCGUCCGCCAUCUUGUGCAAUUUAUUCAUCUAUACGAUUAUUGAAUCAUUCUGCUUCGCAAUUCGGGCAGAUGCGCUCGGCGUAAUAACGUUGCACGACUCGUCAAAAAUUUUAUGUUCAAGUUAACUAAUCGUUACAUUGAAUAUAUUAUUCACAUAUUAUAGUUGUAACUUAUUGUUUCGUCUCCUACCCUUUCGAGCAGCAGGCGUUGGAUAUGAGAGGCAAUCGCCACAACCACUGACACGUUCAAACUUCAAAGACCUGGCGGACCCACGGCACAUCACCCGAUCGCCGUGUCAUCGCAUUCCGUGGUGGAAGUAUUGAAACUUGACAUCUGAACUAAACAAAAUCUACAAUGACUGCCAAGGAAAAAGAAGUAGCAGAAGAAUAUUGUAAUGCGUUAGCCGACCUCAACAUCAAUAGCAAGCCUUUGAUAAACAUGUUGACAAUGCUGGCUGAAGAGAACUCAGCUUAUGCGCCAAUCAUUGUACAGUGUAUUGAAAGACAACUGCAUAAGGUGCAAGCCGACAGCAAGUUACCAGUACUUUACUUAAUUGACUCGGUCAUGAAAAACAUUGGGCAGCCAUAUACACCACUUUUCAUUCAAAAUAUCGAGAAACUUUUUGCUAGCACUUUCAUUAAAGUUGAUGAAAAAACUAGAGGAAAUAUGUACAAAUUGCGCUCUACGUGGAAUGAUGUUGUAACACCUACUAAACUUCAUGCACUUGAUGUAAUGAUUCAUUCAAUUGAUAAAAAUUGGCCUCUAAGUGCUGCUCCACCAAACAUUCAUGUUAAUCCAAAAUUUCUAAAUAAUGUUAAUCAUACUGAGACACCGAAACCUGUACAACCAAUUAUACACAACGAUAUAGAAGAAGAUAUGUCUUUGCGGGAAAAAUUCAUUAAGAAACAAAAAGAAUUACUUGAAUUACAGCAAAAAAAAUUGGAACUGGAAUUAUUGCAAACCAAAAAUCAAAUAGAAAUUCAAAAAAAAAGAUCAAUGAACAAGAUAAAUCUAUCAAAAAAUGCUUUUAACGCAAGUACAUCUUCAACUGUGAGUGUUUCAACUUCAACUGAAGAAAUAUAUGCAAAAAUCCAGUCAUCUGAAAAUUCUCGAAGAAUAACUGAGAAUUCAGUUAAAAUGGUUGAUGUAUCUUCCGUCAGUUCUGAGUCACCAUCAAUGCCAAUUAAAGUUAUUGUUUCACCUUCUAAAAAAUUCCAACCAACAUCUUUGCCUGCAGUACAAUAGUUUAAUAAAAAUCCUUCACAACCAUUUGUAUCUCAGCAACACAAUUCAGACAUGGUUGUUUCCAGUCCAUUUUUCAAUGUAAACCAACAAAUUGCCAAAAUCAACCCAGUCAGUACACAAUUAUUACAAACUCUAAACCGCGAUCCACGUUUAAGAAAAGUCGAAAAUGCUGUAAAGCCAUCACCAUCAGUUACCAAUGAUGUUAAACAACCAAUUCUCAAAAAUAAAGAUGAUAAAAAACUUGAAAAGCCCAAAAGAGACAGUGGUAAACAUAGGGAAUCAUCAAAAAGAAAAGAAAGAAGUCCAAGCUGUUCCCCUUCUAAAAAAGAACUCCCAAGAAAGACCCAUAAAAAAACUGACCGCAAAGAAAGAAGCUUAAAAGAUGAAAAAUAUCACAAAAGAAGAGAUGAAAAAAAAAUUAUUAAAGAAGUGGACUUAAAGAAAAAAAAUGUAUUAUCAAGUGUAAAAAAUGAUCAAGAUGAAACAGUGACUAUAAAAGAGGCAAUAUUGCCAAAAAUUAAAGAAAAGUUAUUUAAGGAUGAACCUAAAAAUGAUGUUAAUCUUCCUAGUCAUGAAAGUAUUGAAAUAAAUGCUUCUAAAGACGACAAUUUAGUUACUGAAGUAAUUAAUGAAAUUGAUAUGAACAAUUCUGAAAACAUUAUUUCUGAAUUAGAAAAAACUGAUUCUCUGGAAGAUUCUGAUUCUUUAAAACGUCUUCGUAUUUACAUGCAAACAAUGAAGAAAUCACCUGACCCAUCAACUGCUGCUCUGCCACCAUUAGAAAUGAAAAAUGACUCAGACAUCCAUGCUGUAAAAUCCAAUCAAAGUAUUCUUGCAGACACUAUUAUCAAACAACAAAAUGACAUUGACCUAAGAAUUAAAGUCCCAACUGUGAAGAGGACCUCCGAUUCAAUCAAAACUGAUGAUAUAGAACCCGCAGCAAAAAAGAGCAAAUCUGAAAUCAUUGAUGAACUCUUUGGUGCAGAAGAUGUGGAUUUACGAACAUUAUCUGCUCCCCCUAUUGUACCCACACCACCACCUCCGCCACAAAUAUCUGAAAAACCAAAUCCUGAGGUUGGUAAAUCUUGGGCAAAAUAUAAGGAAAUCAAACCAGAUACAUUUAAAACACCAUACAAGUCUCCUACCAAAAAAAUUCCUUGUGAGUUGAAUGAAAAAUUAAUAGAAAAUAAUGAUACAAUGGACGUAGAUAUGAGAGCUAAACCUACACAAAACAAUAAAAGCCAUAUUCUAAGACAAGCUGAAGAAGCUUUAAACGCUGGAAGCAUAUCUUUUGAUGAAUAUAAAAAAAUUAUGUGUCAGGUUAUUGAAAUGACGGAAGUUGAAAAAUUAGAAGAAGUCAAUAAUACAGAAGAUACUAAUACUAAGUUAAAAGAGUACAUUAUUCCAAAAAUUACUCUACCUGUUAUUGGAAAUGGUACUGAUUUAAAACCUACCUUAGUGGAUACAGCAACUAUUAUUGAAAAACCUGUCGACGAAAACAGUCCUGGGCUUGGCUCUUGGAACGUAGUUAACAAAAAACCAAGUGAUGUCAGCGGAAGUGAUAGCGACUGUUCUUCAAAAAGUUGUUCCACUGGUUCAGAUGAAUCAAAAAAAAUUAACAAGAAAUCAGAUUCUGAGGAUCGAACAGUGUAUAAAAGGCGUAAAACAACAUUCAAACGCAAUGAAAAGGAAAAUUCUAAAACUCGUACGUGGAGAAAUAAUAAAAGUUGGAAUUCAAGACCAGAGAAUGGGUCUAGAUUCCCUCCAAAUAGAAUUGAACCUUGGUCUAGAGGCCCUCGUCCAAAUUAUUCUCAUUCGACAAGAUCUCUUGUUCCACCGCCCAUGUAUGAAGUGCCUAGACCAACUGCUCCGUUUGCAUCUUCUUCGCCUGAUUGGACAGUUCCUGUUAUUCCUCCUUCAGAUCCUGUAAUAUUGGAUAUGAUUGCUCAUGAUGCUACAAAAACUAUCAGUAUUGAUGGUGUAUCAAGAGAAGUACGAUUUUAUGGUCCAACAGCAAUUACUUUUGUAUCUUGGGACGAUCCUAGAGAGAUAUACUUCCAAGGAACUCCAAAAAAUGUUAUAUUUGAUGAUCUUUUUCCAGUUUUAUGUCAUUUCAAUAGUCCUGAUAGAGAAUUUUUAUUAGAUGGUCAACCUCAUAGAGUACGGUUAGGUGCACCAACUCGAGAACUUUAUUUAGAUGGCAAUUUCUAUGAAUGUUUUUUUGGAGGCUCUCCAAUCUUUACAGACCUUGGUGGUGUUAAAAGAUCUGUUAAACUUGAAGGUCCUCCUCCUUCAGUUAAUAUAGGCAACACAAAGCGAUCAGAUUUAGUUGCUGGUCGUAUAGCCAUUAUUAUUGAUAACUCGUACACUGUACCUGUCUAUUUAGAUGCUAAACCACAGCGUAUUGAUGUGGGUAACACAGCACUUAUUUUCCGUUUUAUUGAUGGUUUGAUGAGAGCUAUGAUUAAUGACCAACCGUUUAAAGUCAACUAUAAUGGACCACCACAAGCAAUUAUUGUAAGAGGCAAUAAACAUUACUUAAGAUUCACAGGAUUACCACCAAACAUUAGACCAGGUUAUGCUGCUAUUUCUCAAAUGAUGGGUGUGGUACUAACUGAAGAUUCUUCUACUGAAUCUUUACCUCCAAUACCUGCUCCACCAAUGCCAUCAAAUUUCACUGGUUUUGAAAUGACUACAUUAACACCAAAUGAAGAUAUUAACCAGCUUCCUACUCAGUCAUUCUCUUCUUCGUAUUCUUUAGCACCAACUACCGCAACGCUACCUCUACUUUCUAAUGUUGUUCAGAAAUUGGAAUCUGUUACAAGUACAUAUGUACCACCACCAGUAACUGCACCUACAAUACCUCCUGUCUUACCUAGUGAUAUGGAUAUUAAUGAGUUAUUUAAGAAGUUAGUGGAUAGUGGAAUUGUACCUAAGGACAAACCAAAAGAAGUUGUCCAAUCAAAACUAAAAAAGAAAGAGAAAGAGGCAGAAAAUUUAACGAUAAAACCUGUUGAUUUUUCAGAUCCUUCGUCUUUAAAACAAAAACAACCAGGAUUAAUUCACAACUUAUAUACAGGAAUUCAGUGCAGUUCUUGUGGUAUUCGUUUUACUGCAGAGUUUACCAUUAAGUAAAGUAGUCAUUUAGAUUGGCAUUUUAGGCAAAAUAGACGUGAAAAAAUGGCAAGCAAAACGGUCCAAUCUAGAAAAUGGUAUUAUGAUACUAGUGACUGGUGUAAAUAUGAAGAACAAGAAGAUGAAACCACUAGAGCUGCAAGUUGGUUUGAUAUACAAGCAGAAAAAGGUGCUAAAGAAGAUGAAAAAUUAGAAGAAGAGAAUGUUCCUUGUGUUCCAGCUGGUGAAAAUAGUGAACUAGCUGCCUGUUAUUUGUGUCAUGAUCAGUUUGAACAAUUUUAUAAUGAAAAAGAUGAAGAGUGGCAAUUGAAGAAUUGUGUGGAAAAGGAUAAACGACUGUAUCAUCCUAUGUGCCAUGAUGAUAUGAUUAAAACUCGAGAGGAAAAAAUUCGUAAGAGAAAUCGAGCUAUUGAGGAAGCUAAGAAAUUGGAAAGUCAAAGAAUAGAAAUUAAAGAAGAACAAUUGGAAUUAAAAUUGGAAGAAGAUAUAAAAAUCAAAUAUGAAGAAAAAGAAGAAAUACAAUUGAAAGAUGAAGAAAAGCUUUUAACUGAGAAAGAUUCAUUAAUAAAGAGAGAAAUAUUGAUAAAAAAAGAACCAAUUGACAUUAAAGAAGUAAUUUCAGAAAAAGAAGCAGUUAUAGACAAGGAAACUGUUACAAAGACUGCUACAGUUAUGAAAAUAGAAACAGAAACAGUUAUGGAAACAGAAACAGUUAAGGAAAUAGAAGCAGUUGUAGCAACAGAAACAGUAACAUUUAAGGAAACGGAAACUAUUAAGGAAGCAGAAUCGAUUAAACUAAGAGUAAAUGAAGAGCAAAUUACAGAUGAAAAUUUAAUUCAAACUUCUAUUCAAGAAUCAGAGACUGAAGAAAGUAUGAAAUCAAAGAACUAUGAAGAUUUGGAAAUUCCUGACACUAUGGAGAUAAUUCAAGUGACUGAAGUUUUAUCACCUAAAUUAGUAGAUGAACCCAUUGUUGAAAAUAUUAACAGUUUGUCUUCCCCUCCAAUCACUCAAGAAAUUGUACCUGAAGAAAUUAAACCAAAAUCUCCAUCCCCUGUUUCUACAAUGACAUGUUCUAUUGAUGGAAAUACUAACACUGAAUGGAAUGUGCCAGUUGCUCCCGCAAUGGGGACAAUCAAGAUAAACAUCAGUCAAAAAAUUACACCUGUUGUAAAAUCAAACGUCGCCUCUGAAAACACAACCAUUGAACCACAAUCACCUCCAGAUUUCACACAGACAUUCGGGGAAAUUGAUCCUGAUCAACCACCACCGCCAGGGCUUGAAAUGGAAACUGUAGUGGCUCCUAAAAUACAAAGAGAAAUGAAACCGAGACUGAUGCUUAAUGCAAAAAAACUUAAGGAAUAUCCAAUAGUAAAUAAAGGUAAAGAAAUGUCAGGAUUAUGUUCAAUUAUGUAAAAUAUAUGUGGCCUAUGUUGUGAAUAAAUUAACCUAUAAUAUUAUAAUAUUUGAAAUGUAUAUAAUAUAUACCUGUUUAAAUGUUGUAAAUGUAUG